AUGAACGAAGCUACAUCCUUUCAUAUCCAAAUUCCUUGUCAUUGUCCUUUCUGGUCUCUUCAAUGGAUUGACUACUACUUUGGGUCAUUGCUUCAAUCUUCGUCAUCUCUUCAUCUUCCACUUGUUCUGUUCCUGAUCAUAAGAAGAAUGAAAAUAAGGUUCUGGAAAAAUGCUCAACCAGAAGACAAUGUGGAGAGGGGCAGUUCUGCAAAUGAUUCUCUUCCACUCAACAGAUAUGCAUAUUUGACAACACACAACUCAUUUGCAAUUCAAAGAGAAGGGCAAAAAACAAACCAAACCCUAAACAUUACAGGGCUUCCAAGAGUUACCUUCUCAAAUCAAGAAGAUAAUAUAACACAGCAGUUACACAAUGAAGUUCGAGCUCUUAUGUUGGACACUUAUGACUACAAAGGAGACGUAUGGUUGUGCCAUUCCUUCUUGGGAAAAUGUAAUCCGUUUACUGCAUUUAAACCUGUAAUAAAUGCUUUGAAGGAAGUAAUAGUGUUUCUUGCAGGGAAUCCAUCAGAAAUUUUGACAAUAAUAUUGGAAGAUUAUGUGAAGUUACCAAAUGGGUUAACCGAAGUAUUCAAGGCUUCAGGUUUGAUGAAGUACUGGUUUCCUCUCAAAAGCAUGCCUCAAGAUGGCCAAGAUUGGCCUUUAAUCUAGGACAUGCUUGCUAAAAAGCAAAGGCUAGUCUUCACCUCUCAGAAACACAAGCAAGAAAGUGAAGGCAUAGCUUACCAAUGGAACUUCAUGGUUGAAAAUCAGUAUGGAAGCAGAGGGAUGGUUAAAGAAAAAUGCCCAAAACGGGAAGAGUCAGCAAAACUGAAUGACAAAAGCAAAUCAUUGGUUCUGGUGAAUCACUUCAGAACCAUUCCAAUCAAGCUAACUGGUUGUAAGGAUAAUUCACAAGACCUCAUCCAUAUGCUUUCUUCUUGUUAUGUUGAAGCCGGUAAUCACAAGAUUAGUGAAGGAGGAGGAUCAUUUCAAGCUGUGGAUAUGUUGAAUGGGAGGCUCUUAUAUGGAUGUCAUGAUCUCCACGCCUGUUUGAGUCGGAUAGCAGCGAAGGAGGAAGAGAGAUUGACGUUUCGAGAGGCUUCUUCAAGUCUUCCUCCACAGUUCCCCUCUGUCUUCCAUUCCGUCUCCAGUAACUGUGGGUGCGCUGGAAUCUUGCUCCUCCACUUGCGUCGUCUGGGUGCGUUCUUUCCCUUCCCCAUUUGCGCUGCUAGAUCUGCACUUUCUCAUCUCAUCAUCGUCCUCUGCUUCAAUCCUUUCUCUUCUUAG